AUGGGGAAGAAAGGAGGCAGCUGGUUCUCCUCCGUCAGAAAAGUUUUCAAAUCCUCUUCUAAGGGCUCGCCGGUGCCGGAGAAGAAGAAAGACAACAACAAGGAAGAGCAGUGGCAGCAUGAUGCGCCAGAAGAGGUAUCUGUGGAGCAUUUUCCUGCAGAGAGUUCUCCAGAUAUUACCAAUGAAGGGAGUACCACGUCAACACCAGUGACUGAAGAUAGAAGCCAUGCUGUUGCCUUUGCAGCAGCAACUGCUGCCGCGGCUGAAGCGGCGGUGGCAGCUGCUCAAGCAGCCGCUAGAGUUGUGAGGUUGGCAGGAUAUGGACGCCAAUCCAAGGAAGAAAGAGCUGCCAUACUCAUUCAAUCAUACUACAGAGGUUACCUUGCUCGACGUGCAUUGCGGGCUUUGAAGGGAUUGGUGAGGCUGCAAGCGCUUGUGAGGGGUCAUAAUGUGAGAAAGCAAGCGCAGAUGACAAUGCGAUGCAUGCAUGCAUUAGUCCGAGUACAGGCAAGAGUAAGAGCUCGCAGACUCCAGUUGGCUCAAGAGAAGUUUCAGAGAAGAGUUGAGGAACAGGUCCAAAGAGAACUAGAGGAACAAGAACAACCUAAGCUGCUUUUGAGCCCCAUCAAAAUGUUAGACAUGGAUGCUUGGGACAGUAGGCACCAAAGUAGUCAACAGAUCAAGGAAAAUGAUUUGAGGAAACAUGAAGCUGCAAUGAAGAGGGAGAGAGCUCUUGCUUACGCUUUCAACUGCCAGCAGCAGAAGCAAUACAUGCACAUUGACCCAAAUGGUGAUGAUAUUGGAAGCUAUACCAAUGAGCCUGAAAGAGCCCAAAUGGAUUGGAACUGGUUGGAACGUUGGAUGUUAUCACAAUCACACAACUCAAGGCACUUUGGGCCACGGGAGAACCUUCAUAGGACUCUCGCUACAACUACUUCCACCACUGAUGACAUGUCUGAAGAAAAAACAGUUGAAAUGGACAUGGCUGCAACUCUGGACUCGGCCCAUGCUAAUAUGGGCCUCAUCCACCAAGAAUCUUUUGACACAAGCCCAAUAUCCAAUAGGCACCACCAGCGUCACCACAGUGCCGGUGUACCUAGCUAUAUGGCCCCAACCCAAUCUGCAAAGGCCAAGGCUCGAAGUCAAGGACCGUUGAAGCAUAGGGGUUCACCUGGGCCUCACUGGAACUCGUCCACGAGGAGAAGUUCUGCUAUAGGGCUGGGCUGUGACUCAUCUAGCUCCGGUGGGCCUACUGUAGCUCAUGUGUUCCCGAGAAGUCCAAGCCCAAAAGUUAAUGAGAUUCGCCUCCAAUCUAGACGGAUUUCAAGUGGCAGCCCGGAUAAUAUUUACAUUGAGGAUUGGGCCCUUCCAAUUGGAACCAGUGGUUGGACUUGA